AUGAUGGUGGGGUUGGUAGUGAUUGGCGGUGGUGAUGAUGGGUUUGGUAGUGAUGUUGUGGUAGUGGUGAUGGUGAUGGUGGGACUGGUGGUGAUUGGCAAUGUUGAUGGUAGGGCUGGCAGACCUUUGUCAUUUGCCCUACAACUUUCACCAAAAACCCUCUUCCAAAACCCCCUUUUCCCCGUCCUCCCAUUUCCCACCGGUGAAGGAUCCUCGCCACCACGGCACCACCGUGUCUCCUACCGCCGGCUUCCACUACUCCAUCUACAGGGGAGAAAAAUGGAGCAGAGGGUAGCUACUUCCUUGAUAAUGACAGUAAACGAAAAGAUAUUCAUCGAGAGUGCGUUACUUUCAGAAAUUAGGGUUGAUGGUCGACGUCCUUUUGACUAUAGAACCCUAACUAUCACGUUUGGCAGUGAAGAUGGUUCAUCAGAGGUGCAGCUUGGACAAACUCAAGUUAUUGGUUUUGUCACAGCUCAACUAGUUCAACCUUACAGAGACAGACCAAAUGAAGGAUCAUUUUCAAUUUACACUGAGUUUUCACCAAUGGCAGAUCCUUCAUUUGAGACAGGUCGCCCCACUGACUUUGCUAUUGAGCUUGGAAGAAUCAUAGAUCGUGGUUUAAGAGAAAGCAGAGCUGUAGAUACAGAAUCACUGUGUGUUAUUUCAGGGAAGUUGGUUUGGUCAAUCCGGAUUGACCUUCACAUUAUAGACAAUGGAGGAAAUCUUGUUGAUGCUGCAAAUAUUGCUGCUUUAGCUGCAUUGUCAACUUUCAGAAGGCCUGAAUGUACAUUUGGAGGAGAAGAUGGUCAACAACUUAUUAUUCAUCCACCUGAUGUGAGGGAGCCACUUCCAUUGAUAAUCCACCAUCUUCCAGUUGCAGUAACAUUUGGAUUCAUUGGUAAAGAAAACACUAUGGUGAUUGAUCCAACACACUAUGAAGAGGCUGUGAUGGGUGGAUCAAUGACAGCUACACUUAACACAAAUGCUGCUGAUAUAACAAACAAGAUCAAGAAUUCUGUGGAAUCAUAUAAUACAGAAAGGUCAUUACGGAAAGUCAAACGUCACAAUCCUUCAACUGUUGUGAUUGAAUUUGGUCAACAGGGUUGCGGUGACGUGGCAAAACAUCAUAUGGAAAGAUUAAAUUUGGGUUCGGAUGAAUCUAGUGUAAUUAGUCAUAGUGAUGACGUGGAAAUUGGAAGAAAAUUAAUCAAAAAUGAUAAAAUGGAAAAGAGAAACAUCACUGCGAAAGGCUCUAGUGGUGGGCCCGCAACUUGGGAUCCGUAUUCAAGAGGUGUUGAUGGGAAUGCAUUGAGAGCUUCUCUAGCUUCUCGUGUAGCUACACCUCCUGAAAUACACAAAGAAGAACCAAAACAAGAAAAGCAAAAUGAGACCCUAUCUUCUCAACAAUCUUUAGUACAUGAAGUGACAAAAAUUGGAUUACAAACAAAGCAACCAAAGACAUUGAAAGAUGCAGUGAAACCGAGGCACAAGAGGAGAAACAAGAUGGCCAAUUCCUCCCCGAGUUAACAUUGGCUUUGUUUAUACCAAAUUGGCAAAUUAUAUGAUUUUUUUUUUGUAUUUUGUUUUAACUUUCAGACUUUGUAUGCAUCCAAAAAUGAUAACUAUUUGUGACUAAAAAAAGGAUAU